AUGUUUAUCCAUAAUGCUCUCUUUACCUCUUUACCAUACGGAGUAACUGGACACGAUGAUCUAGCUAAUACUGCUGAGUAUCAUACCCAAAAUAGGGGAUACCGUCUGCUUUCCCAGUUAGCACGUACCACUCACUCAAAGCCGACUGUAACUCGUAUGAUCCGCCUGUUGCCGGAUGAGGACAACGACACCCCAAUUAAGUGCUCGCUGUUCAAUUAUACCCUGGCCAGGGAGUGCAAGCGCAGAGGCAACCACCUCUACGAGGCCCUGUCCUACGUCUGGGGAAGUGGUGUCAGGUCUGAAUCAGUCAUAUUGGACGGCUCUCCUUACCUUGUUACAGGAAGUCUUCAUGCGGCGCUAUCGUACCUUCGAGACUCCCAACUCGAUAGAAUAUUGUGGAUCGACGCGUUGAGUAUCAACCAAGAAGACGCAGAUGAGAAAAGUCGGCAGAUUCCACUUAUGCGGAUGAUAUAUGCCCAGGCAAGCUGCGUCAUUGUCUGGCUUGGAGAGGCUACACAACCACGCGAUGGAGGGCUGGAGUAUAUUCGCCGUAUCUCAGAAGAUCAGGUUCGAAAGGGCGUACCCACAGAUGCCACAAAUAUGGGAGCGCACCAUGCUGCAUGCUUAGAUUUGCUACAGCAUGCUUGGUUCCGCCGUACUUGGGUGCUCCAAGAAGUCGGCGUUGCACGGUGUAUCACUGUUAUGUGUGGCUCUGUCCCGAUCAAUGGACACACAUUCUGUGAAGGCAUUGGCCAAUUGGAGCUUCCUACCCGUUUACAACGCGUGAUUUACCCAGUCGUUCGUCUCAUGAGAGGGGCGAUAUUUCGCUCAAAAUAUGAGGUUAACUCACGCGGUGCCAUCUGUCUAGGUCAAUUGAUUGAUAUGUAUCAUUCUCAUCAAGCUACCAACAAGCAUGACAAGGUGUAUGCUUUACUGGGGCUUAGUUCCGAUGAUCCUAACACGCCCUCUCUGAAACCAAACUAUAACCUCCCAUGGACUGAGGUUUAUAGACAGACUGCUUCAUAUAUAUUUCCAAGAAACUGUUCCGUGGAGACUUGGCCUGACAGGGACGAGGCCAUGAUCAAGGGUAAGGGAUGGGUCUUAGCUCGGAUUGACUCUGUCCACGAGGUCAUUCAUGAGUACGGCCAUCAGUUCAUUCAGAUCCUCUAUACUGAUAAUACCCAGUCGCGGCAUUAUCAGUCUAUAUGGGGCAACGAGUGGACACUGCCGGCUUCUGCAGCAUCAAUUCAAGAAGGUGAUCUGAUUUGUCUUCUGGACGGCGCCUCAUGUCCGAAUAUUAUCAGACUAUGCAGGGACUAUUUUAUACUGGUCACAACAACCGCAUUGCCUCAGCAGAACAACAAGAGCAAAGACUUGAAUCCAAGAUCAGCUCAAAAGAUUGAUUCGGGGGAUCCCCCAGCUACGAUAUUCUUCUCUUUGCCAGAACUCCAAGAAACACCUCAGGAGGGCGAAAGGCGGUUAGCCGAUAUGGCAGUUAUUAUGGAGGAGAUUGUCAGAGCAAUGUUAAAGUCAGGAGUCUCCAGACCUCAGGCGAUAGAGCGGUUACUUUGUCAGAGUGGAGCAAGUAUUGCAAUCACGGAAGGAUUGGUCAAAAGUGCAGCAGCACAUCAUGAAUCCGAUGCAUAUACGAUCAUGGAACUGCUAUUCCAACACCAUGGUCCAAGUUUACCGAUCCCACAAGGAGUGGUCAAGUCAGCAGCAGGGAACACGGGACCUUGUGGUUAUGAGAUCAUGAAGAAGCUUCUUUGUCAACAUCGAGGAACAAGCCUACCUAUCUCCGAAGGUGUGGUUAAGGCAGCGGCGGGAAAUACCGGGCCCUGUGGAUAUGAAAUCAUCAAACUUCUUUAUCAACAUCGAGGAACGAGCCUACCUAUCUCCGAAGGCGUGGUUAAGGCAGCGGCGGGAAAUACUGGGCCUUGUGGGUAUGAAAUCGUGGAGCUUCUUUGUCAACACCGAGAAACGAGCCUACUUCUCACCGAAGAAGUGGUAAAGACAGCGGCAGGAAACGAGGGAGAUUAUAGUAAUGGUGUUAAGAUCAUGAAUCUUUUUCACCAACAGCGACCGACAGGUCUACCGAUCUCUGAGGAGGUUGUCAAGGCAGCUGCAGGAAACAGAGGCUAUUACGGAGUUGGGGCUGAAAUCAUCGAACAUCUCUUACAACACCUGGGGCAGAGCCUGCCGAUAUCUGAAGAGGUAGUCAAAACAGCAGCAGGAAACACCGGUUCCUGCGGAUACAGAAUCAUGGAGCUUUUAUUUCGACGUGAAAGAGUGAGCUUGCUGGCUUCUGAACAGGUAGUGAAAGCAGCUGCAGGGAAUGUCGGAAACGGGCAUGAGAUACUAAUGCUUUUAAUUCAACACCGAGGCACCGAACUACCGGUCUCUGAAGAAGUUGUUCAAGACGCUGCUAAGAAUACUGGGCAUAAUGGAUAUGCAAUCAUGAAGAUCCUCUGUCGACACCUAGAAGCAAGCCUGCCAAUCUCUGAAAGGGUGGUCAAGGCAGCAGCCGAGAGCACUGGAGUAUAUGGGUAUCGAAUGAGAGAAGUUCUCUCGCAGCAUCUGGCAGCGAACCCUACACUGAAUCAGCAACACAGGAGAUGAAGGUCAACAUCAGGCAUACAUUUUCUUGUGAUAUACCG